GUUGAUGAGACUGAGCUCCGAGCGGCACCGGGACUUUAACUGCAUCUUCUCUGGAUUUUCUGGUGAUUUUGGACCAAUCAGAACCACCGACCCACGUAUCCAUGGUGACAGGGCGCGAGCUUUCUGCUCACAUCGACUAGGUGCAGCUCUGGCUGAGAUGGCCCCGUCGCUGUGCUUCCUCAGGACGCUCCUUCUGGCCGUGGUCCUCUGUUACCUGCCCGGGAACAUUUCCUGCCUCAACCUGGAGGAUCCCAACGUCUGCAGCCACUGGGAGAGUUACUCUGUGACGGUGCAGGAGUCCUACGCCCAUCCUUUUGAUCAGAUUUACUACACCAGCUGCACUGAUAUCCUCAACUGGUUCAAGUGCACCAGACACAGGGUCAGUUAUCGGCUGGCUUAUCGGCGAGGAGAGAAAACCAUGUACCGGAGGAAGUCCCAGUGCUGCCCAGGCUUCCAGGAGAACGGAGACACAUGUGCUCCCCACUGUGAGGAGAGCUGUGUUCACGGCCGCUGUAUGGCCCCCAACACCUGUCAGUGUGAACCAGGAUGGGGGGGCUCCAACUGCUCCAGCGCCUGUGACAGCAGCCACUGGGGUCCCCACUGCAGCAGCCGAUGUCAGUGCCAGAAUGGGGCGCUGUGUAACCCCAUCAGAGCCUGCAUCUGCACCCCUGGAUUCAGAGGCUGGCGCUGUGAGGCCCCCUGUGAACGGGGCACCUAUGGUGACGGGUGCCAACAGAAAUGCCAGUGCCAGAACGGGGCGGCCUGCCACCAUGUGACCGGAGAGUGCACCUGCUCACCGGGAUACACCGGCGCUUUCUGUGAGGACUUGUCUCCAGGUAAACAUGGACAGCAGUGUGAGGAGAGAUGUCCCUGUCAGAACGGAGGAGUGUGUCAUCAUGUGACCGGAGAGUGCUCCUGUCCUGCAGGAUGGACGGGAACGGUGUGUGGUCAGCCGUGUCCAGAUGGACGAUUUGGGAAAAACUGUUCCCAGGAAUGUCAGUGUCACAAUAAUGGUUUCUGUGUGUCGUCCACUGGACAGUGUCUCUGCAGCCCUGGAUACACAGGAGACCGGUGUCAGGACCAGUGUCCAAUUGGUACUUAUGGUGCUGGCUGUACGAAGACCUGUCGCUGUAAGAACAACAGCAAGUGCUACCACUCCAACGGGAUGUGUCUGUGUGAGCCAGGAUACACAGGAGGAACCUGUGACGUCCCACUGUGUCCUGAAGGCCACUACGGCUUACGGUGUGACAGGAAGUGUCCGUGCCACGGUCCAAACACCCGCAGCUGCCACCCCAUGACAGGAGAGUGCACAUGUUUCCCCGGUUGGUCGGGUCUCUACUGCAAUGAGACGUGCACCCCUGGAUUUUAUGGCGAGUCCUGCAGGGAGGUGUGCCAGUGCCAGAACGGUGCUGACUGCAGCAGCGUGACCGGAGAGUGUAUCUGUGCUCCAGGCUUCAUGGGUCCCAGCUGCUCCAUCCCGUGUCCAGCAGGAACUCACGGAGUCAAGUGUUCAUCCAGCUGUAAAUGUAAGAACGGAGCUCGGUGCUCACCUGUGGAUGGGUCCUGCUCCUGUACGCCAGGCUGGCAUGGGGUGGACUGCUCCAUCAACUGUCCCAGUGGUACCUGGGGUCUGGGCUGUAACCUCACCUGUAAGUGUGCUAAUGGCGGAGGGUGCAGUGCUCUGGAUGGUGGCUGUACAUGUGCUCCAGGAUGGAGAGGAGAGAGGUGUGAGCUUCACUGCCAGGAUGGAACGUACGGCCUGGACUGUAAGGAACGCUGCGACUGCAGCCAUGCUGAUGGAUGUCACCACUCCACUGGUCACUGCCGCUGUCUGGCUGGAUGGACUGGUAUCCACUGUGACAGUGUGUGUGCUGAGGGCCGCUGGGGCCCAAACUGCACCCUGUCCUGUAACUGUAGGAACGGAGCGUCCUGUUCUCCAGAUGAAGGAACCUGUGAGUGCGCUCCAGGAUACAGAGGAACCACCUGCCAGAGGAUCUGCUCUCCAGGUUACUUUGGUCACCGCUGCAGUCAGACCUGUCCACAGUGUGUCCACAGCAACGGACCAUGCCACCACGUCUCAGGACAGUGCGACUGUCUGCCGGGAUUCAAGGGAUCUCUGUGCAAUGAGGUGUGUCCCAGUGGUCGCUUUGGGAAGAACUGUGUGUGGAGCUGCAGCUGCACCAACAACGGCACCUGUAACCCCAUCGAUGGCACCUGCCAGUGUUAUCCUGGAUGGAUCGGCAGCGACUGCUCCCAGCCGUGUCCACCAGGUCAUUGGGGACCCAACUGCAUCCACACCUGUAACUGUCACAACGGAGCCUACUGCAGCGCUUAUGAUGGAGAAUGCAAGUGCACCCCUGGAUGGACCGGCCUUUACUGCACACAACGCUGCCCGUUAGGUUUCUAUGGGAAGGACUGUUCUCAGACCUGCCAGUGUAGGAAUGGGGCUGACUGCGACCACAUCUCUGGACAAUGCACAUGUCGCACCGGCUUCAUGGGCCAACACUGUGAACAAAAGUGUCUUCGUGGUUCUUAUGGUUAUGGCUGCCGUCAGGUGUGCGACUGUCUGAAUAACUCUACCUGCGAUCACAUGACUGGAACAUGUUACUGUAGUCCUGGCUGGAAGGGAGCUCGAUGUGACCAAGCUGGUGUGGUGGUGGGGAGUCUCAACAGUCUGACCAGCGCAGCCAUGCAUGUGGACACAUACCAGAUAGGAGUCAUCGCAGGAAUCAUUGUCCUAGUUCUGCUGGUGCUUCUCCUCCUGCUCCUCUUCAUCGUCUACAGGAAGAAGCAGAAGGGCAAAGAGCCCACCACGCCGGCGGUGAUCUACACUCCUGCUAUGAGGGUUGCAGCUGAUUACACCUUGGCAGAUGCUCACAGUCCAGCCAGUGAGCCCCACCCCAGCAACUACUUCUCCAACCCCAGUUACCACACCCUGACCCAGUGCAUCAGCCCCCCACAUGUUAGCAGUGGUCCGUAUGCCAAGGCCAAGUACAGCCAGCUCUUUGCAAACAUGAAGAACAUGGAUGGGAGGAAACCGGCUCAUGUUGUUGCUCAUACUGGUACACUGCCUGCAGACUGGAAACAAGGGGACUGCUUCAACGAACUGGGAGCCUAUGGAGUUGACCGAGGGUACAUGGGGAAGUCUUUAAGAGAUGUGGUGAAGGGCUCAGCCUACCACGCCAGCUCUUGUUCCCUGAACAGCUCGGAGAACCCAUAUGCUACGAUCAAGGACCCCCCACUGCUGACAGCCAAAAACACAGAAUGUGGCUACGUGGAAAUGAAAUCUCCAGCCAGAAGAGAUUCAGCAUACGCUGAGAUCAGCAACAGCAGCCCCACCAGCAACCGCAACGUGUACGACGUUGACGCCAACACACUGUCUCUGGUUUCAGAACCAACAGUCAGCACCAUCCAGCCCACAGAUGGAAGCAGCCAUGUGCCGUUUGGGCAGGAUCCAUACGACCUACCAAAAAACAGCCACAUCCCCUGUCACUACGACCUCCUGCCUGCCAGGGAGAGCCCGUCCUCAGAGCUGAAGGAGCUGGACAGUGAAUAAAAGCUCAUAGACUCAGAAGUGAGACCAGCCUGGAGCUCCAGGAUCUUCUACAUACAGGCACACUUUCCAUCCAUCACAUAGUUCACUCCACUGUUUUUGUAAUCUUUGACUCUGUCUUUAUAAUCAUGUAUCUGGACUCUAAGGAGGUUUGAUUAGUGUUUUUUUUUAACACAUGUUGUAAUUGAAAAGAAGUCAUGGGUCAUUCCAGAUGUGGCGGUUUCCUCACGUCUCUCAAAAAGCUCCACGUCUUCAGCAUGCCUUCCUCCGCUGCUUCUCACUUUUACAGCCAACAUUUAAUACUGAGCAGACCUGCAGCUUCGCUAGAAAACUGGAGGAUCAUGAGUUGUAUAAAAGAUGAGACGUUAUGACUGAUGAGGAGUCUGUUUUGUCAGGCAGCGUAGCAUUAAUAUUUAAAUAAACCAAAGAGCCACUUAAAGAGUUUAAUUAGCACAUAGUGUUUGAAUUUAAGUGUGUGAUAAUAUUUCACCCCGGAUGUUUAAUAGUUUCUCACUAAUUCAAGCUUCAGAGAGAAUAAUUCAUUCAGAAUUCUGGAGUUAUGUGCCUCAUUCACCAUCUUCUUAUGAUUCCUGUUAAAUUUGUUCUUAAGUUAUACUUUAUGAGUUUCGUUUUUACGGAAACCUGCUGUCAGAUUCAUAAACAUCUUUAUAGAAUCCUGAACCUGGACACAGAUCUGCAGUCUGGUCCCUGAAUGCAUCAGGACCAACAUCCUGGUGGUGUCGUGGCUAAAAAGGAAGGUGGUCCAUCAUAGGAUAAAUAUGAAUCUCUCUAGUUUGUAAAGCACAUGUCCUCCUGCUGUGUCCAAACAUGUCCAGCAUCCUGCUAGAUGCAGUGAUGAUGGAGCAGGUGUUGGAUCUGGAGGUUUAUUAACCAGGAUGUCACUGUUGCAGGUGACUUGGGCAUUUUUGUUGAUAUUCCUGUGGUUGAAGGAACAGAUCUGGUGUGUUCAGUCUGUUGCAUCGAUGGUUUUAGGAACGCCAGACAAAAAAUUAAAUGCAUCGUGCUUGAGACUUGUUCUUAAAUAAAUGAAACAACUGAAAAAUGUUUUAAUUUUUCCCUGAAGGAAAUAAUAAUGUUAGGACACAUUCUGUAGUAACUUUAGAAAAAAUGCUUUCUAAGUUACAAAAAAUGACUUAAAGUCUGACUUUUAAUGAACAGAAAACAACUUUUUAAUCACUGUAAAAAGUUUGUAAGUAGGACUUAAGAACUAAUUUGUUCGUAAGAGUGGUUGGUGAACGAGGCCUAAUGGACGGAGCUCAUUUCAUUUUGAUUUCAGACAGUCAGCAUGUUCUUACGCUCCAUGUUGCUGAAGCAUCUGGUGUGGGUAGUUUCAUCCAGGACUGGAUGGGAAACCUGUGGUAGCAGCCAUGUUUAUUGUUGUGAUGUAUGAUAGAAUUAAUUGUAAAAUCCUGCAGAAAAUAUUGCGAUUUGAACGUUUUUGUUUGCGCCUGCAUGUACUCGGACCCACGUUGGUGUUGGAUGUGGAAGUGCCUUAAAGUGCAACACCACUGGGUCCAAAAGACACGAAAUCAGACAUUUUUUCACACAUACCAUUAUGGACUUCUUCAUUCUGAUCAGUAUGAUGGUGUUUGCAUGAAAAUAACAGUUACUUUUGUCCAAUCAGCUGUCAAAUAUCACACUUUGGCUCCACCUUCUUGUCCAAAUAUGGUUGCUUCCUACAACAGAGAGACUGACCAGUGGAAAAGUCCGGUUGUUGUUCUGGAACGUUCCUCACUGACUGAUCCGGAAGCAUCUUAGUGGUGGAAUUCUCUUCAAUACGUCCUUCAUUUUUUCCUUUAUAAAACACUGGAGCUUCCUCUCUGAAAGAGGAUAUAAUUCCCUCCCAUGAAUUAUUUUAAUCCAGCCAUAUGAGCUGGGAUUCAUGGAAAUAAAUGACAGGAGGGUGAGCAUCAUUCUUAACUUUUAUGGCCCUUUUUUUCCCUAACUUUGAUCAUGAUGGAAUAUUUCAUGUCACAUCCUGGUACGUAUGUAUGUAUGCCUCAGUGCAACAACCAAAGUACUGUACAGACACACUCUAGGACACAUAUUGAAUAUCUGUAGGAUCAGAGCUGCAUUCAUGAUGUUUUCUAACCAAGUCAAGGACAUGGAAGUCAUUGAGGGGCUGUUAUAGGGGGCCCGUUAAGGGGCUCUGCUGAGUACGGCCCUGGUGGUGUCUUAGCUGGAUCACUAAAGGUAAAUACAAAACAAAUGGGACCCAUCUAGUGUCCAGUAUAACCCUUCAUGAAAGAUUUUACUUUGGCCCAAUAUAGUCCCUGUAGACAAUCCAACUGGUUUAGGCCCAGUUUGUCAAACUGGUGCCCCAGUAUUCCAGUAAAAUGUUCCGUGCAGCACUGGAUCCAGGAUUAAGUAUCAUCAGCACUGGCAAAUCUGACAGAUGACCCUCUUAAUGCAGUUUCUAAAGGCCCAUUGAUGCUGGACGCAGAAGACGGACACGCAGAAGGACGUCCGUCUUCUGGGUCGGUUACGUGCGUAAUUUGGUCCGUUUUCAGGGAGCUUAGCUAUCCGUCGCUUGACGCAGAAGACGGAACGAUACCACCGGAAACCACAGGGGGCAGCGCAGAGCAGAACAGCUGACAUGUGACCAGGGAAAGAAACAAACUGGAAGAAAAAGAAGAAUGGUAGAUGGUCU